AUGCUUCCAUCCAAAGCCUUUCGUACGGCGGUUACUGCGCUGGUCGCAUGCAGCGUUUUCCUCAUUCUCCUCUGGGGAACAGGCGCCGUUCCGAAUCUCAGACCAAGCCUCAAAGAUACUGUCGAGAAACCUAUUGGGGAUCGCUUGACCGAGUUUGUGCCCCCUGAACCCGGGAAAGGACGACUACAUCUCCUGGUGCCGGCGACCAGCAGUAACGAUGAUCUAUGCAAGUUGAUGGUGUCGGCGCAGAUCUUGGGAUUCCCUAGCCCUGUGCUUAUCAAUUAUGGAGACGAUGAAGCAGAAGAUCCUUAUGUGCAGCAUCUGGCCAAAGUAGAGGGGUUGUUGGAGUAUCUGGACAAGAUCGAAGACUCAAGCGAAUACGAUUCGGAUCUGGUGCUAGUGGUUGAUGGAUAUGAUGUGUGGUUCCAAUUACGACCGGAUGUUCUCAUCAAGAGAUACUACGAGGCAAUCAAGGAAGCCGAUGCUCGCGCGGUCCAGGUGUAUGGGAAGGAAACUGUUGAGAACAAUUCCAUUACCCAUACUGUUCUUCUGGGCCCGGACAAGGUCUGCUGGCCUGUUGAUUUCAGUCGACCUGCUUGCUGGGCUGCACCUGCGACAACAUUGGGACAAUAUGGGUUUGGUCCGCAAACGAGUGAUGGACGGGACGAUAACAAUGAUCCAAAGUGGCUCAACUCGGGCACAAUCAUGGGCCCAGCACAAGACCUGCGAGAUUUCUUUCGCGGGACUCUGGAACUCAUUCAUGAAAACCAUACUACCGACUCUGACCAGUACUAUAUGGCGCAGCUAUUUGGUCUGCAGGAAUACAAGCGCCUGUCACAUAAUGAAACACGAUUGCAAGAGUUCCGCGACACAAGGUAUGCGGACGAAUUGAGCGACAAGGAGAAAGCAAUCAUGCGUUUCGAACCUUCUCUGGAGAGCGAUAAGAAGACCGAGUAUCACAUCCUCAUCGAUGGGAGCUUCUCCCUCUUCCAGACUCUCGCAUUUAUGAAGCAGUAUAUCACUUUCACCACGCCUUCAGACUCUUGGAGCCCGCAAGUAGAAGGACAAGAACCUUUCUGGACUCCUUACCAAGUCGAACCCCCUCAGGAUCUCCUCCGCUCCACUCCCCCUUUCGACCUUUCCUCCGAUGCUGGCACCAGAUCUACCACCUGGGACCAGGUGACUCUCCUCUACAAUACCAUCUCCAAGACCUUCCCGGUCCUCAUUCACUUCACAGGCGAGAAGCAAUACCGCGAUAUCUGGUGGCAGAGGAUGUGGUUCCAAUCUAAUGCCUCUGAACUGCGAAAGUCAUCUGCGAAGCUACUGGAUGAAGCUAUCUCAGACGAUAUCAUUGACGGCAAGAAGUGGGUCAAGGCUAUGUCUGAGCAUGCGAAGGAGUACAAGGAAGCUGGAAUCAGCGGGUUCGAGUCCGAUCGCAGAGGAUGGUUGAGCUGGAGGGCUGUUUGUGGACCCAUGGAGGGAGCUUUAUUCGUAACGAGAGGGCAGGAGAAGUUCCAUCCUAGGGAACCUCCUGAGCCUCCUGCUCUUGCUUGGCAACACAUUCCUGUUGCUGACGGGGAGGCGGCCGGUGGUGUGGGAUAG